CUACAGAUUGAAGAUGACUGACAGAGUGAGAGAGAAACAGAGAUAGUGAGUUUACCAAGUGAACUGUGCUCAGCAACCGUGUCUAAGGAACUCCGACUUCAAAAAACUAUGAAGUUAGGAAGAGGUUCUCUCAGGUUUUGGAAGUAAUAGAGUACUUGGUCACUAACUCCUCACCUGAAGGACGGUUGUAUGCUUAAACUUGGAAGGCUCUACGUUGGGGUUCUUCAGCUCUCUUAAUUCCCAGAUUCUCUUUCCCAGAAGAAAUGGACCCCGUGUGUGAGAAGCAUCCAAGUCAAUAAUGGGACAACGAUAACAUUGAAAGUCUGCUGGAGAAGAAUCGCUAAUUCUUCUAAGUGGUUUUUGGGUUUUUUUCAUCCCUUAUAAAACAAACCACCUCAAAAUCUGCAAACAAAAUGCCAGCUAAGACACCCAUCUACCUGAAAGCUGCCAAUACUAAGAAAGGGAAGAAAUUCAAAUUAAGGGAUAUUUUGUCUCCUGAUAUGAUCAGUCCACCACUCGGAGACUUUCGCCACACCAUACACAUUGGGAAAGAGGGACAACAUGAUGUUUUUGGGGACAUUUCAUUUCUGCAAGGAAAUUAUGAGCUGUUACCUGGGAAUGAGGGAACACCAAGAGUUGGUCAGUUUGGUGGACAUAAUGAGUUCUUAAGGGCAAACAGCACCUGUGACUCCAUGUUUACAGAAACUCCUUCACCCGUGCUCAAAAAUGCCAUCUCACUUCCUGCCAUUGGUGGUUCUCAAGCUCUUGUGUUGCCCUUAUUGUCACCAGUGACAUUUAAUUCGAAGCGGGACUCCUUUGGGCCAUCAAAGAAUCCAAGGCUUAGUUGUGAGCCAGUAAUGGAAGAAAAAUUGCAGGAGAAAAGCAAACAGUUGGAGAAUGGGGAAAUGUACAAAGAUGACAUCCUAUGGGAGCCAAAUGGUUCUGGAUCGCAUUAUACUAAUGGCAGAGAGAGUCAUUCAUCCAGCCUUUCUGAACAGUGCACUGAUUGGCAAACAGUUGACUUCCUUGAAGACAGUCAUCUCUCAUGUGAACUAACCAAGGCAGAGACUAAGUCAGAAGAAUCCCUGCCAGAUCUUGCAGGCUCGCUUCUUUCAUUGCAGCUUGACCUGGGACCCUCACUUCUGGAUGAAGUGCUCAAUGUAAUGGACAAAAAUAAAUCCUAGGACUGUUGUACUUUUUUGCCUCUUUGUAAAUGAUACAUU